AUGGCGUACAACGGCCACGGUCAAGGCCAGGGCCAAGGCCAAGGCCAUGAAUACGGGGGACACCCCAUGCAGGACCUCCCGUCGGGUAACAACUAUCACAUCACUCCUCAGGACCACGAUGAGGAUGCUCGAGGUUAUUUGCUAAAUGAGCCCCCCGCACACGGCUAUGACCACGACCGUCUCGGAGUUGGCACGCCUCCCGACCGACCAGUCUCUGCCUAUAGUCUUACUGAGUCGUAUGCCCCCAACGCAUCACAGCUCCCUCCAGCUGGCUCUGGUGGCUUUGGUGAUAAUGGCUUUGGCCAGUAUGGACAACCCCAAGGUUUCGGCGGCCCUUAUGACCGCCCUCUCUCCGCCGUGCACGAUGAGGAAGAGAGCUGGAUGCAGCGUCAGCAGCAGCCUGGCGGCGCCGGCCAAUCUGGUGGGCUGAAGCGAUACAACACGCGAAAAGUCAAGCUUGUCCAGGGCUCCGUCUUGAGUAUCGAUUACCCCGUACCCAGUGCCAUCAAGAACGCCGUUCAGCCUCGCUACCGCGACGUUGAAGGCGGCAAUGAAGAGUUUAUGAAGAUGCGGUACACGGCCGCCACCUGCGACCCCAACGACUUCACCCUCAAGAAUGGUUACGAUUUGCGACCUCGUAUGUAUAACAGACAUACUGAACUGCUCAUCGCCAUUACCUACUACAAUGAGGACAAAGUGUUGCUCUCUCGAACCCUGCACGGUGUUAUGCAGAAUAUCCGUGACAUUGUUAACCUCAAGAAGUCUACUUUCUGGAACAAGGGUGGACCAGCAUGGCAAAAGAUUGUUGUCUGCCUGGUCUUUGACGGUAUCGAGAAGGCAGACAAGAACACUCUCGACGUUCUUGCCACAGUUGGUGUGUAUCAAGACGGUGUUAUCAAGAAGGAUGUUGACGGCAAGGAGACCGUUGCCCAUAUCUUCGAAUACACCAGUCAGCUGUCUGUUACCCCAAGCCAGCAGCUGAUUCGACCAACUGGCGACAGCCCUCAGAACCUCCCCCCCGUGCAGUUUAUUUUCUGUCUCAAGCAGAAGAACAGCAAGAAGAUCAACUCCCAUAGAUGGCUGUUCAACGCGUUUGGCCGAAUCUUGAACCCCGAAGUCACUAUUCUUAUCGACGCCGGUACGAAGCCCAGCCCUCGAUCUCUCCUCGCCCUGUGGGAAGGCUUCUACAAUGAUAAGGAUCUCGGUGGUGCUUGUGGUGAGAUUCAUGCCAUGUUGGGUAAGGGGGGCAAGAAGCUCUUCAAUCCCCUUGUCGCAGUCCAGAACUUCGAGUACAAGAUUUCCAACAUCCUUGACAAGCCUUUGGAGAGUUCCUUCGGAUACGUCUCCGUGUUGCCUGGUGCCUUCUCUGCCUACCGAUUCCGAGCCAUCAUGGGUCGUCCGUUGGAGCAGUACUUCCACGGUGACCAUACGCUAUCCAAGAUUCUUGGCAAGAAAGGUAUUGAUGGAAUGAACAUCUUCAAGAAGAACAUGUUCUUGGCCGAAGAUCGUAUUCUUUGUUUCGAACUUGUCGCCAAAGCUGGUCAAAAGUGGCAUUUGACCUAUAUCAAGGCUGCCAAGGGUGAAACCGACGUGCCCGAGGGUGCUGCCGAGUUCAUCAGCCAGCGUCGACGUUGGCUCAACGGUUCCUUUGCUGCUUCUCUGUACUCACUUAUGCACUUCGGACGACUGUAUAAGAGCGGUCACAACAUUAUUCGCAUGUUCUUCUUGCACAUUCAGGUUAUCUACAAUAUUCUCAAUGUCAUCUUCUCCUGGUUCUCGCUCGCUUCCUACUAUCUCACCACAACUGUCAUCAUGGAUCUGGUCGGCACCCCAGUUGUCGCCUCCACCAGUGGUUCAGAACACCACGGCUGGCCUUUUGGUGACUCUGCCACCCCUAUUAUAAAUGCUCUGCUCAAGUAUCUGUACCUGGCCUUUGUUAUACUGCAGUUUAUCCUGGCAUUGGGUAAUCGACCAAAAGGUUCCAAAUUUACAUAUAUUGCCUCCUUCAUGGUAUUUGGUCUUAUUCAGGGAUACAUUUUGGUUCUUUCGGGAUACCUGGUGGCACGAGCGUUCCAGCAGCCCAUCACAGAGCAAAUCAAGCUGGACUCCAGUGAGGACUUCGUACGAAGUUUCUUCUCUGGUUCUAGUGCAGCUGGUGUGAUUCUCAUUGCACUAAUCACCAUUUAUGGUCUUUAUUUCCUGGCCUCGUUUCUUUACCUCGAUCCUUGGCACAUGUUUCACUCUUUCCCGUACUAUAUGCUUCUCAUGUCGACUUACAUCAACAUUCUCAUGGUCUACGCCUUCAACAAUUGGCACGACGUCUCUUGGGGUACCAAGGGCUCAGACAAGGCUGAGGCACUUCCAUCUGCGAAUGUUACCAAGAGUGAAAAGAACGAGGUCGUCGUUGAGGAAAUUGAAAAGGAACAAGAAGACAUCGACAGUCAAUUCGAGCAGACGGUUCGACGAGCUCUUGCACCCUUCAAGGAGGUGGAAGAAAUCGAGAAGAAGGAUGUGGAGGACUCUUAUAAGUCCUUCCGAACGGGUCUGGUCGUUUCUUGGCUCUUUUCAAACAUCUUGCUUGUUGUUGUAAUCACCAGCGACAACUUUAACUCGUUUGGUAUAGGAAAAUCGGCGUCUGUUCGUACGGCCAACUUCUUCAAGUUCUUGUUGUAUGCCACGGCUGCGCUGUCUAUUGUUCGAUUCAUUGGCUUCCUGUGGUUUUUGGGCAAGACGGGUCUAAUGUGCUGCUUCGCUCGCAGAUGA